UUCACUCCGACAGGUACAUUUCACGGGUACUUAAGGGUACCUCCGGUUAAGAGAUAUGGUGUGCCAGGUUCCUCCUCCCUCCGCUAUGGUGUCUUACAGCCUUCUGUUUUUACUGGCAUCUUCAGUCUCCCUGGGGGUAUUAUGUCAAGAGCCUGAAACUCAGGCAAUCGAUUCAAAAUCAGGGAAAGCCUGCUGCAAAGCUCUCCGCAAUGAGCUACCACCCUCAGUGGGAGUCUUCGCACGUGGUACUCCCGAAUACAAUGCUCGACACCAGACGUAUUACUCCCUCCAACAACAGGAACUGUUCCCAACAUGCACAGUCAAGCCGAACUCUGCCUCGGACGUUUCUCGUGUACUGCAGAUUGCGAAGGCUCAUAAAUGCCCAUUCGCUGUUGCGUCUGGUGGACAUAUGUCAUGGAAAGGGUCCUCGAACAUCGACGGAGGAGUCGUUAUUGAUCUGAGGGCAUUGAACCAGAUUGAUAUCUCUGCAAAGGACCAGACAGUCAAGUUGGGACCCGGAUCACCGUGGAUAAAUGUUUACGCUGCCCUGGCCCCAUUCAAUAUAUCAACCACUGGAGCUCGAAACAACUUCGUUGGCGUCGGUGGCUUCCUUGCCGGAGGUGGUAUAACUUUCGAGUCUGUUAACAAAGGUUUCGGUGCGAACAGCGUGUUCAAUUACGAGGUUGUCCUCGCGAAUGGAUCCAUAGUCAGUGUGAAUAAAGACACGAACGCGGAUCUAUUCUGGGCAUUGAAGCUCGCCGGAUCAAAUUUCGGUGUCAUCACUCAGUAUGAGAUGACCACAUUCCCACAACCCGUGAUAUGGGGAGCUGUCAGCGCGUACCCUAUCACCAAUCAAAGCACUUCAGACCUUCUUGGAGCUUUCGAGACGUACGGACACGAUGACACAAACACCGACUACUUCCAAUCCGUCGCUUACGCUUCAGCAGGCGGCGUAGACGUAUUUUCAGUCGUUCAGGGCACUCUCGAUGGGGUCCCUCAAGGUCCCCUCACAUCCGUAGAGCCUAUUUCUCAUUCAGAGUUAGUGGGCAGCACUCAUGAUGUUAUAAACCAAGUUAUCCAAGGCGCACUCGCACCCACGGCCCGGGCUCAUUGGUAUACCUUCACGACGAAGAUUGAUAAACAGUUUUUCCAGGAUAUGCGUACAAGGGCGGACAACAUCUUUGCGCCAUUGAACAACCGGGAUGGCCUUACUGUGGUUGUUGGUUUCCAGGCCCUCCAAAAGAGUUUCAUCGCAAAAUCAGCUGGUUCCCCGGUCUUCAAUGCUUUGAGCCAGGCAAACGAUGAUCUUGUCUUUGUUCUUCUCCUUGUCACUUGGGAUGACCCUGCAGAUGAACUUGUCAUGAGAAAUGCCACCAAUGCCCUUGGUGCUUGGGGUGAGGCUGAAGCUCAGAGACGUGGUCUACUAAGCCAGUUCGUUUAUUUGAACUAUGCAAAUGAGGAGCAGCGUAUAUACGAACGUGCGGUUACGAAGGAGGACUUGGAUAGGUUAAGGAGUGUGCAAAAGUCGUAUGAUCCGUCAGGGACCUUUACGAAAUUAUGGAGGGGUGGCUAUAAGAUACCGCCGGUGGGUUAUCACGGGGCUGAAACCAGUACUGGAGUACAGGAAGAACGCAAUGGCUCAACCGCCCGGGACGCACAGAGCGACGAGUUAUAGGUGCCGCCACCUCAAAAUCUUGACUUUUUUCAUUCAUUAUCUUGGAUUAUAAUGACGGAAGCCUCUAGAAGAACAUGUGUUUAUAACAUCAAAAUAUAACUUUUUACGACCUUACUUAUUGAUCGCGGAGGUUUCUUCACGG